CACACUUCUAUUCAAUUCUAUCAAAUAUAUCCCUCUCAAUCCAUCAUGACGAUCCCAAAUCCAAACAAUCCCAUAUCCCACAAAAAAAAGUGGAAACCCCUCGCAUUAUCCAAUCACCAUACCAAUGCAAACGAUCCCGAUAAAAAUCGCCAACAUUUACCUAACUGCAUUGAUUCUUCAUCAAAACCUUCUCCUAUUACAUAUAAUCAAUCUAAUACUACCUAUACAUCUCCUACAAUCAUGCCUUCAUCUUCCCUAAAAUUGUCGCUUUUAGAUAUGAAAAAUAACAUUAUUCUAGAAGAAAAUAAAGAGAAACUCGAUGUUGGUUUUAAUCCAUUGACAGAAGAUGAUAGAGCUAUAGAAUCGGUGGUUCAAUCUAGAUUUUAUUCAGCUAAUAUAAAUCCAGAAAGUUCAACUCUAAUUCAAGACAGGAUUACAAACCAAAUUAAUACAUAUGACCAGUCUGAUAGGAGAAACAAUACAUAUAACUUCAAAUUAGAAUACAUCUAUUCCUUCUACAUUAAAAAACGAGAUGAAAUCCUAGCUAUAGAACAAAGAUUCAACCAAUAUUGCCAACAGAUAAAAAUGGGUAGAUAUCUAUCACCCGAAGAACAAGAGGCUUUAAAAAAGAAGAUGGAGGAAUUCCACUACAGAACUUUGGUAGCAUUAAAAAUUGCCAACCAAACCUUCAUAAAAGAUAUUAAAGAACUGUCUAUAUUCAAUUGCAAGAAACAGACAAAUUAUCAUAAUUAUCUCACCAAAUGGAAAGAGCAAAACCCAGAAAGGCCGAAUACUGAAAAAAUUAAUGCGCUAGCAUUUCAUCUUAACAUGACUCCUGCACAAGUUAAGACAUGGUUUAAUAAUCACUCGAGAAACCAUAAAGAAAAACGAUAG